AUGAGUGAAUUUUUUUUUUUUUUUUUCGAUAACGAGGCGAACGGUAAGAAGACGAAAAACGAAAAUUUAAACGAAAUAGCAUGGCCGGCUGUAUUACUAAGAGGAAACGGAGAUAUUUGUUAUUUGGCCACGACAUUGGAUCCCGGUAAAAAGAGUAAAUUCGAGGGUCCUUUGGUCAUGUAUCCUCCGGCCGAUGACAAUUACGGAGUGGAAGCUUGUUCGAUAUUGGUUUUAGACACGGUUCCGAACGUCGUGGUUGUCGCAACGUCUUCCGGAACGUUAUAUCAUUCCGUCAUGUUGAAAAUCGACGAGACAAUUUAUAUAUUUAUUUAUUUUCAGAAAAGCGUCACGUCGACGAGUUCGUCUCACGCUCUUUACGUAUUAGAAUCCGUGGAAUUAGAAUUGGGUUUGCAAUUGAACGACGAUGAUCCCUCGUACACGUGUCCGAUUUUUUUACACAAAGACCCGAUGUCGAGGUGGAAGUACUACAGUUUUCACAACACGGGUUUCCACGCCGUUUCCAUUAGGUUCAUAUCGGACAUUGAAAAUUUUUUAGAAAAAUCAACAGGCGAUAGUUUUCAAACGGAUCAACAUUCGAUCGUAGAAUAUUUGGUGUGCACUCGAACGAACGCGACUCCGACGUUGCCCGUUUUGGGUUUCACCAUAAUACCCACGACGAACGUGAUACUGGCAUUUUUAUCCAACGGUGACGUAAUAAGUUUACCGUUGAAAAUAUCGGAAAUAAUAACUCAUCCGAAAAUACUCCUGGACGAUGUCGAAACGAUAGAAGACAGCAGGAGCAGUCCGCUCAAAAAACUCCUACAGGAACCCUUUAGCGUUCACAUAAAAAACGUGUUGAACAGAAACGUGAAUCAACCCUUGGUCAAAUUGGAUAAAACGGUCAAUUUAUCGCCGCAAGAAUCCCUGGACCUGAUAAGCAGAACGACGAAUCUUCUCCGCAAAGAAUAUUUCAAUAAAUUUCAAACUGUGAGAGACGAAAUAGAGCAGAGGGUGACGUUGUUGACGUCGUUGCUGUCUCUUCACAGGGAAGAAUUGAAACAGCUUGAAAUGGAAAAAGGAAAACUCAAAGAAGUCGCGGAAAAAUUGGCGGAAAAAUACGAGGAAAUCAAAGACAAACAGAAAUCGAUAAACGAAAGAAUCGAAGUCAUGUUUAAUUCCGUCCUUCAAUUGGAUCCCAUAGAAUCUAUCGCGGAGAAAAAAAUGAAAAACGAAUUGAUAGCGGUCAAAGACGAAGUUGAAAAUUUCAAAGAAUCCAUACGAAUGGUCAAAAAACAAUUGGAUUAUCAAUGGUUCAAGAAAGAAGAAAGAAAACAGGAAAAGCAUAACAAAAACAUUCAAUUGGGUGGAAAUCAAAUAGAAACAAUAAGAACGAGUUUGAAUAAAUCCUCCAUGGAAAUCGGUGACCUCGUCAAAGUGAUAAACGCUAUCAAAAAACAAUUGAACAUAACGGAUGCGUGUUGA